CUGCUCCGGUCCACGUGUGUCCCUCUCCGGUUAGCUUACACUGCUAAAUGACUGCACAUGGCAGCUAAACUGUUCACAAGCUGACCCGAGCUGGAUGAACUGUUUGUUCCGCGGCAGAAAUGUUUGUAGGUAUUCUCUGGCUUGGCGACUCAAUCUAUUAGUAUUCCUGCUGGGAGAGAAAAAGAUGGCACUUCAUGGCUUCCAAUGGAGCUGAGGACUUGAGGAGGUCUUCUCGGCCAACUUUUGCCCUCCAGCCAAAAUCUGCAGCAGUACAUUGGUCCAACAUAAAUGUGUCAUCUGCUGUCAUCGAAAGGAACAGGCAUUAUCCUUCAGCCCUUAGCCACUCUGUAUCUCUGCCUAAUGUGCAUGUGGCAUAUGAUCGGCCCCAUCGUUUCUCAGGGAUUUACUCACAGCGUCACUCUUCAUCUGUACCUAGAGCAGCUACAGCUUUAUCCAGGGUAGUGAAUGCACAAAACACGGGUGCUCGUUCUCCUAAUAGUAAAAGAACACCCAGUAUUGUCUCCAAGAGCUCACCUAAUAUCAGUGGUUUAAGCUCCUGUCACCUAGAACCAAUUGUCCAGAGCUAUCAGGCGCGACGGCACAUUGAUCCACCUUCUUUAAAAUCAGGACUUUUAGGAAAAAGGACUUUUGCACCUUCGCCCUCAAUUUAUCAUAGUUGUCCAUCACCACCUAAGACUUCCUCUCACAGAACUUCUGUGAAACUUAAGAAAACCAUGCCAACAAAUAAGUCUUACCCAUUGCUGAGCAGUAAGCUCAAAAGCAACAGCAAUGGUUUAGUACAACCCUCCAGUGCCAAGGUGCCUACAGAUGUCAAGCUUGAGAGAAAUCCUGUUGAAAAGUCUAAUGGUAUCAUUCAUGCCAUGGGAGAUUAUGAAGCUGAUUUAAUCAAACCCGCCCUAACAACUGUGCCUAAAUACACAGAUGUGCCUAUAAACUCCGUCUCUGUGGCUCAGGAUAACAAAAUAAUAGAAGACACCAAGGAGAAUGAGCAUGUGGUGGCGUGCAGCAUGGAGCAUGGCACAAGUGAAGCACCUCAGAGAGUGAGAAAAGUCAGCUCUGAGGUACAGUUCACAGCUGCGGUACAAAAGCUCAACAAAAGCAUGGUACAAGUGAGCAGUGGGACACUUAAUGGUCAUAGUGGACCAUUUAAGGCCAACUCUGAUUCUCUCUGCCACAGGACAGCAGUAAAGACCGGGAUAACCACAAGUGCCAAUACCUUAACAAACGCCUCAUUAUGCCUUAUUAAUGGAAAUGGAGAGUUUUGUAUGGACACUGAGCCCUCAGCUGGCCUUUGCUCAGAUAUCAGCGCUUUUUACAAUGGAGUAAUUCAGGACAGUGUAUGUGCCAUUAAAGAGGAUGUUAGUACCAAAAUGGACUCUCCUCAGUCUCCUACUGUUUACUUUGUAACGAACCAGAUAUCUGCCAUAAAUCUCACAAAAGAGAGCAGCCACCACCCCUCAGGAGAGAGUCCAAGCCUCUGCCGUAUAAAUGUGGACAACAGGGCACAGACCCAUUGGCAGGACUUUGGGCAGGACAGUGUUGUCCUAGUACAGGAUGAGGAAGAGCGCCCAGCCGAGUUAGGGAAUGUCUGCAGUGACAAUUAUGAUGGACCAGAUUCUGAUGCCUCCUCGGCAAUCUCUGUUGCAACCUCAUCCAACAUUGAGGAGCCCAUGAGCUCUGAGCUGGAGGAUGAUCGGGAGGUAAAGCCAGCAUUGGUGCCAAGCCUGUUUCCAUUCCUACCGCCUACACUGUACUUUAGUACAUACAAAGAAAGAGUGGAGCCGUUGCCACCAGAGCAGAGGAAACUCCUAAAAUGGAAAAUGAGUACUGUGACCCCUAACAUUGUCAAGCACACUGUGGCUAGGUCUUAUUUCCGAGCUACCAAGAAGAACCAUGACUGGCUGGGCUGUUGGGGACAUCAUAUGAAGUCACCUGGAUUCAAAGCCAUACGAGAGUACCAGAAGCUGAACCACUUUCCAGGUUCCUUUCAGAUAGGACGGAAGGAUCGUCUGUGGCGGAACCUGUCCAAGAUGCAGACGCGUUUUGGCAAGCGAGAGUUUGGUUUCUUCCCACGGUCCUUUGUGCUCCCACAGGACAUGAAACUGCUGAAGAAGGCCUGGGAGGACGGAGGAAGCAGACAAAAAUGGAUCAUCAAACCGCCGGCUUCAGCCCGUGGAAUUGGUAUUCAGGUUAUUCACAAGUGGAGUCAAAUGCCACGCAAGAGACCACUCCUCGUGCAAAAAUACCUUCACAAGCCCUACCUCAUCAGCGGGAACAAGUUUGAUCUGCGUAUCUACGUCUAUGUGACCUCAUAUGACCCACUCCGUGUUUACAUUUUCAAUGACGGACUCGUCCGUUUCGCAAGCUGCAAAUAUUCGUCUUCUAUGAAAAGCUUGAACAACAAGUUCAUGCACCUGACAAACUACAGUGUAAACAAGAAGAAUUCAGAGUAUCAAACCAACAGCGAUGACAAGGCCUGUCAGGGACAUAAAUGGGCACUGAAGGCGCUCUGGCAGCACUUGGAUUCCAAAGGAAUCAACCGCACUCUUAUCUGGGAGAAGAUAAAGGACAUGGUCAUGAAAACAAUUAUCGCGUCGGACCCGUAUGUAAACACCCUUUUGAAGACGCAUGUGCGCUCCCCUUACAGCUGUCAUGAGCUGUUCGGCUUUGAUAUCAUGCUGGAUGAGAACCUGAAGCCGUGGGUUCUGGAGGUCAACAUCUCACCCAGUCUGCACUCCAACAGCCCCCUCGAUGUGAGCAUUAAGGGACAAAUGAUUCGUGAUGUGCUGAACCUGGCUGGCUUCGUGCUGCCCAAAAAAGAGGACGUGGUUUCCAACAGCAGCUCCACCAGCAGUUUGUGCGAUGGAUUGCGAGAGAGAACAAGAUCAGAGUUGUCUCCAGAUGAGAAGCUUAAAAGAGCCUUCUAUCUCACUCAGCGCGUUUGGGAUCAGGAGUUUUUCUCCACGGUUUUAGAUGUGCUGACCCCCGAUGAUGUGCGAGUUCUGGCUGAGAGUGAGGAUGAGCUGACUCGUCAGGGAGAGUUCGAACGCAUUUUUCCCUCCCCUGCUUCCUCCCGCUACCUCCGCUUCUUUGAGCAUCAACGCUACCUCAACGUCCUUCUUAACCAGUGGGAACAGAGAUAUUACCAAAACCGGAGCAAAGGUAUUGAACUGCUGAAAGGUCUGUGUCAGAAAAAAGUGCACUUAGGAAACCUUGAUGACGCUGCACAUCAUUGGUCUUCAAAAAAUCGACCCAGAUCUGACCUCCACAGUACUAAAACAGAGCUGAGCAAAUCAAGUGUUACAGCGAGUCAGAAUGUCGGCUCCCAGCUGGAAGACGAUGACGACGACUGGUCUGAUGAGGCGCAAUCCACUACCUCGAGUAUUCCAGACAUGAAUCUGAUGGAAUCAGAGAGCCUGAGCCAAAAUGUGGCCAGUGCCAACCUGCAUCAUCAGGACUAUCAGUGAGGAUAAUCAUGUACUCGCAACAUUAGUGCUAACUUGGUACUCACAACCUUCAAUUCAGGGCUUCCAAUCAACAAACAAUGCAUUAACUUGCACACCUAGUAAAGGCUUAAUGGGUUUUUUUAACACCAGGAACUCACAAUAUUCAUAUCCCUGCAAUAUGUUGAAUACAUAUGAGACAGGAAAGCUUUGUAAAAAAGUCACAGAAAUGUCCAGCCAAAUAGAUUACUGUUUUUAUUCACAAACAUUUUUAAAAUAAAAGGUGCAGUUUUGAAGUAUGAAGUGGACAUGUCCAAAACACACAUGUAUGUUUAUGCGGUGUUAAUAUAUGCAAGCUUUUCCUGUACUGAAGGGAGCUAAUCUGUAGGUAUGCCUGUGUGCAGCAGCCAAUCAGAUUCCUUUCCCGGUUUGUUUACAUUUUAGGACUGUCCACUUUUGGGGGCCAGUACUACUUAUAACUGACAGAUUUGUUAAAGAGUUUCAAUUGUAGUAUUAAUAAUAAAUAAUAAUAAAUUUAUAAUAUUUUAUCUCCAGUGAAGAAUGAGAAGAAUUGUUCUGCUUUAGAAUUUUCACAUUAAAACUGUUUGAAAUAA